AUGAGUUUGUCAGAUGAGGAGGAUUAUGCGGAUAUCCGGGCCUAUUUCUCCAAGGCUGAAUGGGUUCAGCUGCAGAGAUGCGAGAAGGUGCACUACAGGAACAUGAAGAGGAACCACCAGGCCAUGUUGGAUAUGGGGCUGAAUUCCACCACCCCAGUGUUCAUGAGAAGCAGCCGAUCCAGCGGGGUGAUGACGGAGAGGUUGGGCGGCGACAAAUGCAGCAAUUCGGAGGAGUGGACUUCUCACCUUCUGAGAAGGAGCCCGGGGGACAAGUGUGAGAAGAGCUUCAGUAAUUUAAGUUACCUGAAGACACACCAGCGGAUUCAUACAGGAGAGAGGCCCUACCAGUGCUCCCAGUGUGGAAACGGAUUUAAUGAGAUCUCCAGCUUACUCAAACACCAGCGGAUUCACACAGGAGAGAGGCCCUACCAGUGCUCCCAGUGUGGCAAGAGCUUCAUUCAGUUAAGUCACCUGAAGACACACCAGCGGAUUCACACAGGAGAGAGGCCCUACCAGUGCUCCCAGUGUGGAAACGGAUUUAAUGAGUUAGGACCCCUAAAGAAGCACCAGCGGAUUCACACAGGAGAGAAGCCCUACCAGUGCUCCCAGUGUGGGAAGAGCUUUAGUCAGUCAGGAACCCUAAAGACACACCUGCGGAUUCACACAGGGGAGAGGCCCUACCAGUGCUCCCAGUGUGGGAAGAGCUUCAGCCGUUUAGGAAACCUAAAAAGACACCAGCGGAUUCACACAGGA